AUGCUGAUUGCCGAGUGCCUCCAUUGCAUUAUUGCCUUCUCUUCUUCUCUCCUCUCCUUAGUCCUCUUCCAAACCCUCCUCCUGGCAGGGUUUCUAAGCGCAAAGAGGUUUUCCUCUUUCCCUGAAUAUUGCCUUCGAGACAAGGACUACGAGGAGCUGCUGAAGAUCGUCAAAGAUGGGCUAGAACUUGCAAAACGCCCAGCAAACGUGGUCAUCGUUGGGGCAGGAAUAAGCGGGCUUACGGCGGCCAAGUUGCUCCGAGACGCCGGCCACACGGUUACCAUUCUGGAAAGGAGCGGCCGGGUCGGUGGGAGGGUCAGGACGUACCGACCAGAAGGACGGGGCUGGUACGUGGAGCUGGGAGCCAUGCGCAUACCAGAAAAGCACAAACUCGUCCGUGAAUACAUCAAAAAGUUCGGUCUGAAGCUGAACCCAUUCAAGCAGACAGAUGACAAUGCCUGGUACUUCCUGAAUGGUGCUCGGAUAAAAGUUAAGGAUGUGAAUGAAAACCCCAACAUCCUCAACUACACGGUGAAGGCAUCGGAGAGAGGCAAGAACGCCGACCAGCUUUAUCGAGAAGCACUGGGCAAGGCUUUCCAGACGUUUCAGACUAUGGACUGCAAGGAAUAUCUCGCUAAAUAUGACUCCUUCUCCACCAAGGAGUAUUUGAUUAAAGUAGGAAACCUAAGCCGUGGAGCAGUAGACAUGAUUGGUGACCUGUUGAAUGAGGACUCGGGAUUUUAUGUCUCUUUCCUUUCCUCGCUGUGGGGUUUUGAUAUCUUCUCAAACAGCAGUUUUGAUGAAAUCACAGGAGGAUUUGACAAACUGCCCAAUGCUUUCUACGAAGAGUUGCCCGGUGUCAUCCGGUUCAAUUGUACGGUAGAGAAAAUCAUGACCAAAGGAAACAAAGUCCACGUGUAUUACCGUGCUCCGGAAACGCUGGCCCCAAGCACAGUGAUCGCGGAUUAUGUCCUCGUCACGUCCACCGCCAAAGCCACCAGGCACAUCCAGUUCCUACCCCCAUUCUCCCCCGUGAAGGCCCACGCCCUACGCUCCGUCCACUACGCCAGCGCCUCCAAAAUUGCCUUGGCUUGCACCGAGAAGUUCUGGGAGAAGGACGGCAUCCGAGGAGGACAGUCCAUCACCGACCGCCCUUCCCGGUUUAUCUACUACCCCAACCACAACUUCACCAGCAAGGUGGGCGUGAUCCUGGCUUCCUACACCAACAACGACGACACUGAUUUUUUCCGUCCUCUCACGGACGGAGAGUGCCUGGAUGCGGUCUUCCGAGACCUGUCAGACAUCCACCAAGUGACCACGGAUUACCUGCAGAAAACUUGUGACCAGUACGCGAUAAAAAAGUGGAACCUGGACAAAUACGCCAUGGGGGCCUUUGCUGACUUCACCCCUUACCAGUUCACCGACUACUCGCAGGCGCUCUUCACGCAAGAGGGCAGGGUGCACUUUGCAGGAGAACACACGGCUCAGCCUCACGGUUGGAUCGACACUUCCAUCAAGUCGGCCGUCAGGGCUGCGAGCAACAUCCACCACGACAGCGGCGAAGCCCCGAAGUUGGGCGAGGAUGAGGAGCGGAACCAGGAGCAGAGUUUCCUCCAGAAGGAAGAUCUCUGAGCCCUUUGAGGGCUGAGCUUGCAGAGUUUGAAGGCAUUUUUUGGUGGUGUUAAUCUGUUUUGUUUUUCCAAGCAAUGCUCAGCAGCAGCUAAGACUCUAAAUAGUUCGGGUUGGAAGGGACCUUAAAGAUUAUAAGAAAGGCAAAACUCAAAGAGCACUGACCGUCAUCAGACAGGACCGAGAGCUACCGGGUUAAACACUUAAUCAGGUGAGGAGGGAGUGCUAAAAAAGUGAUGUCCAAGUGGGUUUCGUUACUUUAAUGUCACCCCGGCUCCAACGCACUGCACUUAUUUCUGGUUUAUUUAUGUACAAAGUCCUUCAGGAGAUCACCGAGA